UGAGUUCCAAGGAAAGGGCGAUAGUGCAGCGGGAAACUCUCAAAAAGCAACGGAGAUGUGACAUGUGAUAAUUGAAGGAUUUGUGUCUUCGACGGAGAAGUUUCAACUCAACUUCAGUCGUGCCUGCAGCUUUCUUUGCAGUGGAUGUUUACGCACAAAGAAAGGGAUUUUUAAGCAAUGAAAGUGUUAAGGAAUACCCAGUGGAAGACCUGAAGUUGUAUUGCAGCUAGCUGUUCCUGUUCCCACCAUAUUUGUACCAAGUUUGCUUGGAUGAGGAGCUUCUCAGACUCAGUAGUUCUUUGGAGUGUUUUGUUAACUUGUCGCUCAAAGUUUUGGAGGGCGAGAUGGGAAUGAGGGUUGGUGCAGGUGAUUUUGCACGUUUUGGUUACUGCAACGUCGACACAAAGUUGGUACAAUCUGUAGAUGGGCAUUUUAAGAUCUAGUCGCCGUUCCUACGAAGCGUUACUCCGGAGUUGUCUCCUGGAGCUUUCUUCGCGUAGUUGGUUCAGAUUUCAUCCUUAAUCACCGACUAACUCUUUGAGUCCAACAACAGAGCCUUGAACUUGUAGUUUUCAGAUACUUUCGAAGUAGUUCACUGAAUCUUUUCUGAGGAGAUCGUGACUGCGUGAGCGAUACAUGGGGAGGAGUUGUGUGGCAGUUUGAAUUAAAUCUUUCCCGACUCCACUUUCCAGUAGAAUUCACUUGAGAUUGCAACAAGAUGUGCAUGCAGAUUUUGGAGCUAGAGUUGCACGUGUUGAUUACUGCAAGGUGAACUAUUCUCACAAAGAAAAAAACACAGUUGAGCAAACAUUAUCUCCUCCACGGAUGGAGUUCUAUUCACCAGUUCUUAGAUUUUUUUACAACCCAUUGGCUGAUUCCCUUCUCUCUUCUAAGAAAUGCACCAUUGCGGGUCUACACUCAUCGGUUAUGGUCGCGAAGGUCGCCAAGAGAUGGGUAUUGUACUAAAGCAUUUUCAUGGAAAGAACAGGCUUGCUUACGCAUUAACAGAUUCUAACAAAUAUGGUGGGAACCAGUGCUGAAAUGUUAAGGUAUGUGCUGAUUCGCUGAGUGGAGCGUGAUCUGAAAAGACUGGGCUCACCAAAUCAUAAAAAAAUGGACAAAUUCACAUGGCGUUUUUCGGAUCGUCUUCCAGGCUCUAUUCAGGCGACGCUUUUGUUCGUCAGUCUUAUGCUAGUCCUCUCCGUUGUAAGCUUUGAAAUGCUGUCCGAGAGUACCUGGGAAGGCAACUUCGGCACCUUGCUCAUGGGAGUCUCCUCAUUCGUCAUAAACCUGGAAAACACCACCAUCGUCGAACUUGCUCCGCCCCCAUUUGCAGAGAAUUAUCCGAUCUUUGCUGAACCGCAUGCAGCACCACCUACUGCUCAGGACUUGGCCAUCCCAGCGCCGGCCGUCGAGAGUGGCAAUUACUCUGUGAUCUCGUCAAGCGCAGAGGUUCCAACCGACUCAAAUAGUUUCAGCACUGUGUCGAUAGCACCACAACCAUCAGUCUCUGUGGAAGCUAGCUCGGAGAAAUUUAUGAUGCCAAUUUUGAGUUUUCAAGUGGGAGCAGGGAACCAGUUCAUGGAAUACGUUUCGGCUGCUGUAAUAUCUCAUUCACUCAACCGGACAUUGUGUCUAAGCCCUUUCUUCCAGGGACCAUCACGCCACACAGGGCGAGUAGUUAAGGGACUAGGUUGGGAGGACCGGUAUGAAGUGUCAUCGCUCACUAGAUUCACACGAGUCGCAACAAUGGACCGUUGCUUGAAAGAGUGCAAUUACACUCUUGAUGCGAAGUGGAUGCUGAAAGCUUCUCGAGAACCGCAGAUAGAGGGAUGGAAGAAGUACCCAAGAAAUAAUGAGUCGUGGAACCUUGAUUGGAACUACGUCAGAUGGACAAGACCUGAAGACAUUUUCGCUACCCUCGGCAACCGCAACGAGCGUUGUGUCGGAAUGUUGGGCUUGUUUCCGGGUCUGAGAUGGAGAGGCGCGUUUUUAGCUGUCUCUGCUUUUCUACGACCCGCUCCUCGCAUCAACCAACUUGCUGAUAAACUUCAGGAGUAUGCUCUUGGAGAGCACACUCGGUAUCUGGCAGUCCAUUGGAGAUUUGAAGAAUCGGAGUGUGGGCCGCAUAAUAUUGGACUUUGCUUCGUGCGCUGUCAAGACGGAUCCGUAAUCGACACAGGCCUCCGCUCCGAAGCCAAUGAGUGGCAUGAGGCAUCACAAAUUCAAUGCAAUAGGGAUGGACAUUUUCGAGGAGUUACCCUGGACAGAAAUGACAUAUUAGAUGCAAUUCAAGACCGUGCUUUAAACCACAGCGUCAACACCAUCUACUUUGCUACGGAUGGCUGGAUGCGUGGACCGCAAGGAGUUGCGCUUGUGAAGGAGAUCGUUGAAUCCUUGCGCAAGCGUGGGCUAGUGGUUGUCGGCCUCUGGAAGUUGCCUGGACUACCCAAUUUUGCGGACGGCACAUAUUUCAAACCUGCAAAAGUCCUCGGGGGAGAAAACACGGACCUCAACGGUGCGCAGAUUGCACUUGUGGAACAAGAGUUAUGCGUGCGAGCAAUCUCAUUCAUGGGCAGUGGACAAUCAACGUGGAGCCUCUCAGUUUUCCGAGUGCGAUUAGCACGCCGCCGAGUGCAGCAAAUUGUAGAAGCUGCCAAGCUCAUGCUCAGUGUAAAUCUAACGGACCCCAAGGUUGUGGAUAAACUCAUCUAUGAAACGCUGCUUAAAGAUGAGCACGCAGCAGGGUUACAUUGUCGGUACAUGCGAUUCAUGAAGCGUGCUGAAGUGAACGAGACUACGGAAACAUAUGCUGACGAAUACCCCGAUGGCUGGCUGGAUCUAGAGGCUUGCGAGGGGCGUAUUGGCAAAGGGGGCCGUUGCGAAGUGGCUAAGUGCUUCUGAAGAUGGUAAAAUUUUCCCCACCACAGCACAUACAAAUCCUUAUGCAAUCUCCGACUGAAGAUCGCCCCCACUUCGUCACAUCAUUCACUUGCAUGAACAUCCAUCAUCCUCGUCAGAGUAAGAAAUGGUGUUCAUAACUGCGAAAAGAAAAACUAGCGUCAUUCUUCGUAUCUAUAUACGUUAGUUUUUGGAGGUCUGCUCUUAUCAUGCAGGUAACUGUACCACUAACUCACAUUAGGGAAAUAUUCCGCCGGUGUAAUCAGUUCCCAGACUCUAAAAAAUCUGUCACGAAGCAGUUCGUGAGUAAAUAGUAGACGAAAAGACCUGUACAAUUUAUACAUCUUCAUCAAUGCUACAAGUUCACUAAUGGUUGUUGGGGAUGAUAAUCUGCAGCACCUCCUAUAUUGGAAAUCGA